AUGGAGCACGACCGUCAGCCAGCGACCCGGGAAGUCCUCUUUCCAGGAGCUGUGAACUCCAAAUUCACGACCUCCCUCCGCUUCUCUCGAGCCAGCGAGGACGAUGCCAUGCCCACGUACCGUAUCCUAGACCAAGAAGGAAAGAUCGUAGACAAGGACCAGUCACCACCAGACAUCAGUACUGAACUCUUGCUCAAAAUGUACAAGGACAUGGUCACGGUAUCGAUCAUGGACAUAAUCAUGUUCGAUGCCCAGCGCCAGGGCAAAGUCAGCUUCUACAUGGUCAGCGCAGGCGAAGAAGGCAUAGCCGUCGGUUCCGCCUCGAGUCUCCUGCCUAGUGAUCCUAUGUUCGCCCAAUACAGAGAGACUGGAAUCUUCCAAUACCGAGGUUUUACUCCAGACGACUUCAUGGCCCAGCUCUUUGCGACCAAGGACGAUCCAAUCAAGGGCCGCAGUAUGCCGGUUCACUACGGUAGCCGCAAACACAAUAUUCACGCAAUUGGCUCUACUCUCGCAACGCAGAUCCCGCAUGCCUCUGGAGCGGCAUAUGCGGUCAAGAUGCAGAACAUGCAAAACCCAACAGACGACCAAAGAGUAGUAGCCUGCUACUUUGGCGAAGGCGCGGCCAGCGAGGGAGACUUCCAUGCCGCAUUAAAUAUAGCAGCUACACGUGCCUGCCCAGUCCUCUUCAUUUGCCGAAACAACGGCUACGCCAUCAGUACACCCACACUAGAACAAUAUCGUGGAGAUGGAAUAGCUAGUAGAGGUGUGGGGUACGGGAUUGAUACCAUUCGUGUUGAUGGGAAUGAUGUUCUUGCUGUGAGGGAGGUUACACGGCAAGCCCGCGAACUAGCCUUGAAAGACGAAUGUCGUCCGAUCCUGAUAGAAGCAAUGUCCUACCGCGUCUCCCACCACAGCACCUCAGACGACUCCUUCGCCUACCGAGCCAAGGUCGAAGUCGAGGACUGGAAACGCCGGGAUAACCCCAUCACGCGGUUGAGGAAGUACAUGGAGAACAACGAUCUCUGGGACGAAGGUAAGGAGAAGGAGUUGAGGAGCGAGGCGAGGAAGAGUAUUUUGAAGGCUUAUCGGAAGGCAGAUAAGGAGAAGCAUCCUCCGAUCAGGGAGAUGAUGAUGGAUGUUUAUCAGGAGGUCACCGAGGAGCAGAGGGAGCAGAUGGAGAGGUUGAGGGGGUUGGUGGAGAGGUAUCCUGAUGAGUAUGAUUUGAGUGGGUUUGAGGGUGGGAUUGGGGGGUUGAAGAUACCUUGA